CUGCAAAAAACCCCAGAUUUUCCCGCACGCCGCGCCCCCGGCCCACCACCACCACCCAACCCCACCGCGCGCGCGCUCUCCACAGAAAAUAAUCUCCGCCGCCGCCGCUGCUGCUGCUGCUGCCUCCGCUUCCGCCUCGCGCCUUCUCCUUCACCACCACCACCCACGAGUUCCACACGGAGGUCAGGAGGUGACUGAUUCCUUGGCGGCUUCCUCCUCCCGCGAGCUGUGAAAAUUUUGUAACUACUACGUACUGGUCGCUCGUCGGAGCAGUAGUGGUUGUGGUGGUAGCAGUGGCAUGGCCUCCUCGCUGGCGUCCGCCUCGUGGGUGGUGCUGCCGCCGGUGCAGGCUCGGGUUGCUGCGGCGGUGGCGGUGGGGCCGACAUGCCGCGUGCUGCUAGCCUACACGCCGCUGCUGUCCGGGUCGGCGCGGCGGCGGGUGGUGGGGCGGCCUCUCGCGCCGCCGCGGUGCUCGGCGCUCGAGGAUCCCGGCCCCAGCGACGGCGGGGAGGGGAACGGCAGGGUGGUGGAGGAGGGGGAGGAGGAGGUGGUGAGGAGGAAGGAGCAGCCUCGCCGGCGGCAGCGGCGGCGGCCGGUGUGGAGACGGAUCUUGUUCGCCUCCAAGAAGACCCGCAGCAUCAUCAUCCUCAAUGCCCUCACUGUCAUCUACGCGAGUGAUAUUCCGGUUCUGAAGGAGGUUGAAGCCCUGACGGAUCCUGCAGUCUUCAACAUGGUGCGGUUCGUGGUCUCAGCCAUUCCCUUCAUCCCGUUUGCGAUCCGAGCAAUCGGAGAUCGCCAUGUACGGAAUUCAGGCUUGGAGCUGGGGCUGUGGGUUAGUUUAGCUUACCUUUGUCAAGCAAUAGGAUUGAUCUCGUCUGAUGCUGGCCGAGCAUCCUUCCUUACGGCCUUCACGGUGAUAGUCGUGCCUCUAAUUGAUGGCAUCUUUGGCGCCACGAUCCCCAAGCUGACUUGGUUUGGUGCAAUAGUAUCACUGCUCGGAAUUGGCCUGCUGGAGUGUGGCGGUUCUCCUCCCUGCGUUGGAGACGUGCUGAACUUCUUAGCCGCGGUGUUCUUUGGGAUCCAUAUGCUUAGAACAGAGCAAAUCUCAAGAAGUACGGAUAAGAAGAAGUUUUUAGCUCUCCUUAGCUUUGAGGUCCUUGUUGUGGCUUUCUCUUCUGUGCUCUGGUUUUUGUUCAAAGAUAGCUAUGUCGAUGUCAAUGAUACCAGCUUUGAAUCAUGGACAUUUGGUAUGUUUUUGGACACGGCAACUUCAUUUCCUUGGAUACCAGCAUUGUACACCGGAGUUUUCUCGACGGUGUUAUGCAUGUGGGCAGAGAUGGUAGCGAUGGGUGACGUUUCAGCAACUGAAACCGCAAUUGUUUACGGGCUUGAGCCAGUUUGGGGAGCUGCAUUUGCUUGGUUUCUCCUAGGUGAAAGAUGGGAUAAUGCUGCAUGGGUUGGUGCCGCUCUUGUAUUAUGUGGCAGCUUAACUGUUCAAUUAUUUGGGUCAGCUCCUGAAAAAUCCAAGAAAGUUAAGACGCGCAGUUGCAAUACCUUAGAAACCCCGCUGAAACGACAGGAUUACCUCUCGUUGUCUGCUAUCCCAGUCGAUUCAAGGAAGAAUAUAGGAAGCCGAUUAGAGAGGAAGGACAAAACGUUGUAGUCCAACGCCAAGGCAAAAAAGGCAUCAUCUGAAGAAGACAAAUAGAGAGAGGAAGACGCUAAAGUUGAUGCAGAAAGCUUCCUACUCCCAUACGUGCAUUUGCCUUUUGGGGCAUCGUCUGUAAUAUAGGAAGAUGCCUCAUACAUAUUAAAAAUGAGGCAUCACUGACUGGGUUUGGGGUUUGGGGACAAGGAGAUCAAGGUAGAUUAGCGGCACGCUUGUAAAUUAUGGGGGGUAAACACUGUAGUGUUGGUAGACAAAUAGAUAUGCAUGUAUACACAAUUAGCAGAUUAUUGUGUACAGACAAUCAUACCUUUGAUGGGACAUCUUACUCCCAUGAAAUCAUAGACAUGUUGCUAUGAAAUCGGACAUUAGUCCACUUUCAGAGAUAGCAUGUCAAGCGGGCAGUUUUCAUCUUGGUCUGGCCCUCGGAAGCAUAAGCAAGAUGUGAAGUGGAUUUUCUCA